AGGCGGGUAACCCGCAGGCGGCAUUGGCAGGUAUGGUGAUGAACACACGGGAAGUCCAUCGUCGUGUAACGAUGAACGAGUGAAUAACAACGCCCUCGAGGUAACCGUGGCCCUCGCGAAAUCGAUCACGACCAACACUAAUUCGGCCACAACAGAAAAUUGGUUAGCGAAAGCAAACCAAUGUACAGAAACAAAGAUACGAGAGUAGCAACGGUGCCGAUUCAAUGACAUGUAUUAUCUCGUGAGUGCAUUACUUAUCAUCAUCGGUACACUAGGGACAAAUCAUCCCCUUCUUGCAAACACUGAUGAAAAGCCAAAUUUAAUCAGCGUGGCAAAGUGUUGUGAACACAACGAGCUUCUUGUUGACGACACGUGCACGCCAUUGACGGAAACAAACGAAACGGAGUGGCGACCGGAAUUCGUGGAAGAGAAUAUCAACGGUAUUUCAAAAAGCAGACCGGGUAAACCAAAUUAUCAACUAAAAAUUGGAAGACCCGAAUGUCAGUCUAACGAACACCAAUGGAAUGUAUACCAUUAUCAAUCUGGGGAAGAUCGACUUGCGAUAUUGACAACUGGUGUAUUGCGACAUUACACCACCGAUUUGACAAAAGGAAAGCACAAACAUAGUAGUAUAGCUGGAUUCGAUGCUGCGGAUUCGUCGGAUGAAGAUGAUCUUGAAACAGUAUCUAUUCAUUAUGAUUAUCCAUUUGGAGAUUAUUGCGCUGACAAAGCAAUUUUGAGUAGAGAUCGACUAGUAGCAACGUAUGCGAUGAUUUGUGUACCCGAUGUAGUAGUCAGAUGGUCCGACACAAAUUAUUUGAUGAAACAUGCGAUUGAUCCUACUUUUCAUGCAAUAUCAAUAGCUAGUUACCUGAUUGUUGCAGUUGUCUAUUUUGUUCUACCACAACUGCGUGAUCUUGUGGGAAACAUGAUAACUAGUAUGACUCUGUGCCUUAUAACUGGUCAAUGUGCAUCAACAGUCAGAAUCUUUACAGAAUUCGGCAAUCACGUCAGUUUUAUGAUUGCCGAUACUGUCAUGUAUGUCUCCUUGCUAGCCGCAUUUUUCUGGCUGAACGCUUUGGGUUACUACGUGUGGAGCACUUUUCGUUCGCGAAACGUAUUUUUAAGAGUUACUGACGGUAGAAAAUAUUGUUAUUAUUCAACAUACGUUUGGGGUUCAACUAUAUGCAUAGCUUGCACAGCAAUUUUUGCACAUUUUGCCUUAGAAACCAAUAAACCUGUCGUAGGUGGAAUGAUGUAUCCACCUCAAGAAACAAUUGGUUGGCUCGGAAUCUCUGUAUUAUUUACAUCAAUCGCAUUUACGAUAAUGAUCGAUUUAUGUUUUGUAUUAACAACCGCGAACAGAAUAAAACGAAUGAGCACAUACGGUCGAAUUCAUCAUAAAAUGAAAUACAGCUUUAGAAUGUUUGUUUUCUUAUUUGCGAUAAUGAGUAUUGGUUGGUUAUCACUAUUACUGUCGAGAUUGAAUUACGAAGCAUUGGAAUAUUGUCAUAUUGUUAUUAAUUUGUUACAGGCAAUUUUAAUACUCUAUGUUUGCGUGUUUGGACAAAGAAGGGUUACAUUUUUACUUGGUAAAACAUGUAAUUGCUGUAAUUCAGGAGAAAAUAUCGAGGGGCUUGAUUGGGGCGAAGAAAUGACCGCCAUUAACGCGGGAUAUUAAAGACUUUUUAAUUUAUAAAAUUGAUUAUGAAAUUCGAUUUCAAAUGAUA